AUGAGAGAGAUACCUAACAUACCGGUACCAGUAUCUGAAGGAGUGGUAGAAUAUGGGGUACCAGCAGAAAUGUCAGGAACAUCCAGCAGAGUUGAAGAGGAAACAAUUUCUUCAGAUGAGAAAGCCUACAAACCUAGUGUAAACUCAUGUGCACCUGAAACCUCCAAGGAUGAAGCUGUCAGCACAUUCGACGCACUCAAUGCUUCAUGCUCACUUGUAACUAGGACUGCAACCACACCAACAGCCAAGAACCAUUCAAUUAGAUCCAGAAACUCAUCAGCUGCUCUGCAGACAUCUCAAAGGAAGAGCCUCAGGAUAAGAAGAACUGCUGUGCGUAGUGACUAUUUUUUAUGGGACCUUCGCAAUUUGAAGAAGAAGAAAAGGCAGAAUCUUUACAGUGUCAGCAACAAGAAAGUACAAAGAAGCCUGUACAAGAAAGUAAUAAUUGCAGCUAAGAAGCUUGAUAAUGAUACCUAUAUUGAGAAAGGUCACAACAAAAUGAAGUCAACUUGGGAGGUAAUAAAUAAAAAUAUAGGUAGACACAAAAGAAAAGAUAACAGCUUUGUCAUUAAAAGUGGGGGUAAAACUGUUAAGGACCCACUUCAGAUUGCCAACAUAUUUAAUGAACAUUUCGCAAAUAUAGCCAUAAAUUUAAUUAAAACUAAAUGCAAUUCCAAUAGCAAGACGGGUUUCGGGAAAUACAAUUAUUUGAUACUUAUUGUGUCGCUGAUGGCAUCACUAGCUCAGCAGUUAAGCAUAUCAGCAAUUUCAUACAUUCUACCAUCUGCAGAAUGUGAGCUUCAACUUUCCCCUGAAGACAAAGGGACUCUCAAUGCAACAGGUUACAUUGGAAUGAUUCUGAGUGCAUACGUGUGGGGAUUUUUAUCAGACACAGUUGGCAGACGUAGGCUUCUAGUAUUUGGUUACUUAUUUGAUGGAGUAUGUAACUUGACUGGAAGCUUUGCUCAGAGUUAUUGGUUUCUUUUUGCAUUUAAAUUGCUGAAUGGAGUAAUAAUGUGUGGACCUCUUUCUAUUCAAAGAACAUAUGAAGCAGAGUUCCACAGUGUUAAAUAUAGAGGAAAACAAAUUAUGUUGGCUGGUAUUUUUAUGUCACUUGCUAAUAUUGUGAUACCAGUUACCCUCGAGAUGUGA